UUUUAAGGGGUGGAUCCGUACCUCCGAAUCUGAAGUUGGAUCCGAUAUCAUCGGAUAUUUCGGGUACCCGUUGCAGCCCUAAUUAGCAUUGUUAACAUUCUCCAGCAGAGUUGUCGUUCGUGCCUCAACAUACAACAAUGGCCGCGCCCAAGAGAAAAUUGUUCACACUCGUGUCAAAACUUUCUUACAGCAUACAUCGGCUUGUUUGGCUAUUUAGAAACUGUCAUUUAGGAUAAAUGUGUUAUUUAUUUAACUAAAUCUCCGCUAAUGUCAACAAUGGAUUGAAUUCGAAGGAUAUAUUCGAUGUGAAUGCAGGACUUUCUGGAUCUUGACAGCUUGACGCGGCAAAACUGAAAAAAGUUGUUAGAGGGUCGUGUCGAGCCAACUAAAGGAUUACGCUAUGAAAUGAGAAGUAAUUGGAACAGGUGGAGUGAAGCAAGGUAUUCCUUGGAGGUCUGGAGAGGAGCUCUGAAGAAAAUUGAAGGUCACCAGGGAAUGGGCGUGGUGUCCUACUUCACCUUCCUGAGAUGGCUGUUCCUCCUCAACUUCUUCAUCUUCCUCCUCAUCUUCUGGGUGAUCACGUUCUUCCAGGUGGCCUUCAAAGCCACAACUGUGUACGACACCGAUCUGAUUGGCUCAGACUCGAAGUUCAAUACAACAAUUGCAGAGACGUGUUCGGCGUCAUAUACUACCAAUAUUUCCUCGGAUGCUUUGACCCUUAUUCUGGACUUCUUCCAGGGAACGGGAUGGAUGGAGGAUACAGCAAUGUUCAACGGCUUUUACACGGACAAGAAAUUGGAGCUGGCUGCCUCCAACUACAACAUGCCUCUUGCCUACUUCCUGGUUACGGUUGCCGUGAUGCUCAUCAGCCUCGUUGUCAUGGUGCACAACACACUUUUCAAUGUCAAGAACACAGUGAUGCCUAAGGAAAACGCCUACAAGGUCAACGAUUGCAAUGCCAAAAACACAGUGAUGCCUGAGGAAAACACUUCCAAGGUCAACGAUUGCAAUGCCAACAACACAGUGAUGCCUAAGGAAAACGCCUCAAAGGUCAACGAACGCAAUGAAGCACGGAGCGUAUAUUCUCAUCUAGAGUUCGUGAAUGCAGUAUUUGCAGGCGUGGAUUUCAACAUUGCACAGUCGGAAUCAAUGAAAUUUAAACAGAAGAGCAUCCGCCUGGGACUGGUGUCUGAGUUGCAAGAACAGCGACAUAAGAAGGAGAAGAAGAACCGCACGAGCGAAGAGAAGUACAACGUGUACACGGCGCGCUUCUUUGUCAACUUCAUUAUCAUUCUGAUGCUUGGUGGGGCAGGGGUAGCCAUCUACUACGCUGAGGAGUACUCUGCAGAUUUCACCACCCAGUCGGAUGUGGCGACUAAUAACCACUCCCUGGUUAUCCUUCUGGUACAGUUUCUGCCCUCCAUUGUGAUUGGUGUUCUAAACGGGGCCUACCCUGUCAUCUUUGGUCACCUCGGGAAGUUGGAGGGUUGCCGUCCAGCUACAGCUAUCCGUUUUCAGCUCAUCAGGAUGGUGUUUCUGCGACUGGCCUCUAUAGUGAUGAUAGUUGCCUCCCUUUACGUGCAGAUCACAUGCAGCUCGGACCUGAACAGCUGCCGUGUGGGAGAUGGCAACCCAUGUGCUGCUAUCCAGUGUUGGGAGACGUAUGUAGGGUCAGCCUUCUACAAGCUGAUCGUCUUUGACUUCAUAAUCAACGUGGCAGUCACACUCGGGGUGGACGGACUCAGAAAAUUGAUAUCCUCCAAGUGCCAAUGCAGCCUUGUUAAAACAAUCGCGCAGUCAGAAUUUAAUCUUCCGAGUAAUAUUCUUGAUCUAGUUUACUCUCAAACACUGCUAUGGAUUGGUAUCUAUUUUGCUCCACUCAUUUCUGCUGUUAGCGUCGUAUGCUACUUCACGAUCUUCUACGUCAAAUACCUGUCAGCGAUGUACUUAACAGUUCCACCUGAGAAACCAUACCCGGCCUCCAAAUCAAACUCAUUCUUCACAAUUAUCCUCAUGGUGGCCUUCUUCAUGAUUUGUGUGCCUGUAGGCUACGUUUUGUCCAACCUGGAACCGUCGCCCAUGUGUGGUCCAUUCAGAGUGUACAGUGCCCCGGCAGACAUUAUCAGAGUACAGAUAGAUAACGCCUCCUUCUGGUUCUCUGUCAUAUGGAGAGUGGGGACAUCGUCAGCAUUUGUGGCGACUCUAAUCAUACUGUUGAUCCUGCUUGUGUACUACUGCACAGCCCUCAAGUCUGCCCACAAGGACAUGAUGAAAGAUCAAUUAAAGCUCGAGGGCAUGGACAAGAAGUACCUGUUUGCUCGCAUUAACGAGCUAGGGGGCACACCAACAGAAAGUGUCGCCGCAGAACGUUCAAGUGGCGACAGCAUCUCCAUCCAAUCAGAGACAGAAGUAUAGAAUGGUGUCACGUUAGGCCAGCAUUGAAUUUAAUCUGAUAACACUAUGGUCUAAAAUGGGUUAUUUUUGAGUGUUUUUUUUUCAAUUAUUUAAAUGCAGUUGAUUUAUAUAAUUAUAUUUUUUAAAUGAUGAUGGUCUAUAAAUAUGCAACUCAUUUACUCUCAGGCAUUUACUACUGUAAUACCAUUUAAUUGUACUGAGUUACACGGUUAUAUCAAAUAUUAAU